UUCCCAUUUUCGUUGGAUUCCUCCGUGCAAAAUCUUAUCCGCGCCAGCAAGCCGGAGGAACUGAGUGAGAUGGCUCUUCUGAUCUUCGGCACCGGCACGGGCAGUCAUCCGGCAUUUCUUUCUUCUUUGUCAUCGCCAUCAUCGUCACUAUGUCUAUCAUCAACUUUGGCCAUGAUCUCCACGAAUCCGCUUUUUAAGAGGUUGCACAAGGAAUUCAGCAGCGUGCAUGGCCCAAUAUCGUUGGAUCUUCUUCAGCCUAGACACAAGUCCAUCUUCUUCAAAGAAAGAAGCCCAGUGAUGGUUAAGGCAUCAUCAUCCUUAGGGGUUGACGGUGCUGCUGAUCCCCCCUCAGAAGACGAGGAUAAUGCCGUGUCGGUUGAGAAUCUUCCUUUGGAGUCCAAGCUGCAACUGAAGCUUGAGCAGAAGAUGAGGAUGAAAUUGGCAAAGAAGAUUAGACAUCGGAGGAAGAAGCUUGUGCGGAAGCGCCGCAUGAGGAAGAAGGGCCGGUGGCCACCUUCAAAGAUGAGCAAGAACAAAAAUGUGUAACUUAGCCUGAAGUUCUCUUCCAGGUGCGGUCUGCAGACAAAUCUGUUGUUCUGACCAUUCGACUGUUUUUGGCACUUUGAAUCAACCUCUCCUCCUUUGAAUUGAAUGUAAUCAAGUCUCUAUUGACCUAUCAUUUUGUUGCUAUAUCAGUUGAAUUGUCAUAGGUGGUGCAUUUUGUUAGAAAUUGAAUCAAAGAGAUCACUGUCUUUGCAGCUCUUUGUCCUAGUUGUGCUAGUGGUGCUUCUGGAUUCUAUUCCACACUUUGCCAUUUUCUUCC